AUGCAAGAUGAAGAAAGAUAUAUGACAUUGAAUGUGCAGUUGAAAAAAAGGCGUCCUAGCCAAACAUCCCAACUUAAAUUUAAAGAUUUUUCUGUGAUGUUACACUGGUACAAAAUCUUAUUGGGAAUAUCUGGAACAGUAAAUGGUCUUCUGAUUUUGACUUUUAUCUCCCUGAUUCUUUUGGUUUCUCAAGGAGUGUUGCUCAAAUGCUCAAAAGGAAAUAAUUCAAAUAUCACCCAGCAUGAUGAUAUUGGAAACCUGAAAAUGAAGAGUGACACAAGAGGAAAUAUAAGUACUAAAGAUGUGGACCACUGUGCUUCAAGUGCUACAGACCAUGGAGGAUUGUGCCCAUCAGAAUGGCUUAAAUAUCAAGAAAAGUGUUAUUGGUUCUCUAAUGAAUUAAAAAGUUGGAGUGACAGUUAUGGGUAUUGUUUGGAGAGAAACUCUCAUCUAGUAAUAAUUCAGGACCAAUUUGAAAUGGCUUUUAUACAGAAAAACCUAAAACAAUCAAAUUAUGUGUGGAUUGGGCUUAACUUUACCUCCCAGAAGAGGACAUGGAACUGGGUAGAUGGUUCUCCAUUUGCUUCAAAAAUAUUCUUCAUAAAAGGACCAGCUACUGAAAACAGCUGUGCUGCUAUCAAGGGAAACAAAAUUUACUCUGAAACCUGCAGCAGUGUUUUCAAGUGGAUUUGUCAAUGUUAAUAUUUUAAAAUAUAAGUUAUAGUGGAAUAAUCAGUUACCAAAGAUUUUUGCCUAUUAGGUUCUAAUAUUAAUCUUUAAGAGUAAGAAUUUAAAACUGAAAUUAAACACCAAAAUCUUUUCUCCAUUUUCCCUUCAUUGAUGCCAGUCUCAAAAUAACUCCUGCUUAUAAUCUAUAAUAUAACCUUUCUAGUUUUUAAUGUGAUAAUAUAAUCUAGUGUAAACUCAUGCAUUUAUAUUCA